AUGUCUUCCGACAACACCUCUCCGUCCGGCCCUGGUGGCGGCCUCGGCCCCGGCAACCGUCGCAGCUCCAUCACCCAAGCCGCCUUCUCCAACCUCUUCCAGCGUGGCCCCCCUGCCAACCCCAACGGCCCUCCCUUCCCUCCUGGCUCCGCUACCGACGCCCAGAGACGUCGUCUGUCCGUCACCACAAUCGGCCUCUCGGGCACCUCGCCCACCAACCCGGCCGCCUUCGGCAUCCGACGAGGCAGCCUCUCAACCAGCUCAGACUCCAUCGAUGAGAGCGCUGUCGAGGAUGAGGACCUCCCCGUCGGUAGCGCUAGAACCGCUCCCACCACGCCCUUUGUCCGCCGCAUGAGCUUGGGUGCUCCUGCCAUGAGGGGGUACCGUCCGGGCGGCAGUCCUGGCAAUGACCAGCAGGGCUUCAAUUGGUCCGAGCAGCUUAGGUCCCGUGCCGAGAGCUCCGUUACCGGAGCUCGCCCCUCCUUCCCACUCGCCUCGUCCCCUCCGAGGGGCCCCACCCACCACGACCGCGCCAAGUCGGUCUCCGACAUGCCCCAGCCCCCUGCCCAGGCUGCCUCGGUCAAGCCCAAGCCGGAGAGCCGCAAGCCCGAUGCUUUCCAGGAGCGAAUCCUCAAGGGCGAUUUCUACAUGGACUGA